UAUCAAGUCUCCUCUAUCUCCUAAUCCAAUGGUUUGCUUCUUCAGUAGUACUAUAACCUGCAUUUGUGGUUCUUUGAUCCUUCUAGCCUUGGUUUCUGAAACUAGUGGCUCUUCUCCUGGAGGAUUCAUUGGAACCAGAAAUACCCAGUUUGUUCUUAAUGGGUCUCCUUUUUUCUUCAAUGGUUUUAAUUCCUACUGGAUGAUGAGUGUUGCAGCUGACCCCACUGAGAGUUACAAGGUUUCCAAUGUCUUCCGUGAUGCCAGAACCGCCGGCCUCACUGUUUGCCGGACUUGGGCUUUCAGUGAUGGCGGCGACAGGGCAUUACAGAUAUCUCCCGGCACCUAUGAUGAGAAGAUUUUCCAGGCACUUGAUUUUGUAAUUUCGGAAGCAAGGAAUUAUGGAAUUAGUUUAAUUUUGAGUUUGGUAAACAACUACAAUGACUAUGGAGGUAGAGCACAAUAUGUGCAGUGGGCAAGAAGCGCUGGACAGCAGAUCAGUGAUGAUGAUGGUUUUUAUACAAAUCCAGUGGUGAAAGAGUAUUACAAGAAUCAUGUUAAGAGAGUUCUAACAAGGUUGAACACCAUUACUGGAUUUGUUUAUAAAGAUGAUCCAACAAUCAUGGCAUGGGAGCUUAUGAAUGAACCGCGUUGCGAGGUCGACUAUUCUGGGAAAACAUUAAAUGUUUGGAUUCAAGAAAUGGCAACCUAUGUGAAGUAUCUGGACAAUAAACACUUGCUUGAGGUAGGGAUGGAGGGCUUUUAUGGAGAUUCAAUGCCAGACAAGAAGCAAUAUAAUCCAUCUGGUUACUUAGUUGGAACCGAUUUCAUUAGCAAUAAUCUCAUAAAGGAGAUUGAUUUUACCACAAUACAUGCAUAUCCAGAUAUUUGGUUAUCGGGCGAAAGCGACGACUCACAGAUGGCAUUCCUACAACGGUGGAUGGAAAGUCACUGGACAGACUCAAGAAUGAUAUUAAAGAAACCAUUGUUAUUUGCUGAAUUUGGAAAAUCAAAGAAAGAUCCUGGAUUCAAUAUUAGUAUUAGAGAUUCAUUCUUGAACACCAUUUAUAGUAACAUCUACAACUUUGCAAGGAGUGGAGGAACAAUUGGAGGUGGUUUGGUUUGGCAAAUUUUAGCUGAGGAGAUGGAGUCAUAUUAUGAUGGUUAUGAGAUUGUUUUAACCCAAAAUCCCUCAACAAGUAGAGUCAUUACUGAACAGUCUCAUCUCAUGACUACACUCUGUCAUAUAAGACCCCAAGGCACAGAUAGCCUUUAA